AUGUUCUUAAGGAUCAUUGUAGCGUGCUCUGGCUGCCGCUGCGACGCCACAGAAGCUGGAGGCUAUCAAGAAGGUACUGGGGUAGGCUUACUGUUCAGUUCUGUUCCUUGUUCCUAUGUGCCUAAGGAUCAUUAUAGCGUGACCUACUGGCUGCCGCUGCCCACGUCGCAGAAGCUGGAGGCCAUCAAGAAGGUCGCACAGAUCCUGGUUAUGCUGGGAGAACAGGUCAUCCCAGCGAUAAUUGGCGACCCACCGUCCCCGGGCAACUGCGAGGGGGCAGUCGAAGACGUCCCCAAUGACAUCGUCAAUAAUCCCUAACUAAACGUACUAUAUUUUUGAAAUCCAAUUUACAAUUAGUAAAUUAAACAAACAACGAACGCAGACAGCA